GGUUUUCUUCAUAGGCCAUUUUUUAUUACACACUUGCUUGUCUUUCUCCAAUGUCCUCGUCAUUAGCCGACCCCAUUGCUCAACACAGCGGUCCCAUUUCCGCUUACAUGAAAGGCCAUACGGGCGCUAAUCUCGCUUAUGCACGGUACUUUGGUGGCAUUGACAAUGCGGUGUCUGCCAGUUUUGAAAGCUUGACAAGCCAAGGAUUUACAGUUUCAUAUGUUCUUCCGGAUAGCACCCAAGGAGAAGUUUUUAUUCGUUUCGCACAGCCACUAUCGAAGCGAGAAGACAUUCGAAUUGUAUUGGAAGCCAUGGCCAAAGAAGCCGAAGAAGCAUUGGGAAUGCCAAGUUCACUCAACGGCCCUCCACCGAUUGCGGCACUGAUGAAAGCUCAAAUGGCUGAGGAAAAUGAACCGGUGGUCCGUCCGAACCCCGUGUACGGAGAAGCCGACAAUGUGCCACGCGACGUUUUCUUCCCCGCUCACAUGUUUUGGCAAGUGGCAAUUGCGGCAGGGAUGGCAGGAACCGCUACGCUGACCUACGCUUCCGAUGCGUUUUUGGCACGGCAAUUCCCUUCGUUUGUACUGCAACUGCGCCGCACUAUAGGUCACGAUGUAAUCCGUGUGCUUUGGACAAUUGCUUGCACUGCUCAUAUUAGUCAAGGCAUCCUUGCACUGUAUCUUUGUGUGAAGAGAGGGUGGUAUCACCCCGUGAAUAUCGCCAAAUGGACCUUCAGUACAUUAUUAUAUGGAUACGCAUCCACGAAAAAAUUGCUCAAACACGGUCGCGACGUAUCUCUCGAGGAAAAGCAAAAGUAAAUUUGGUUGCACAUGCUGCAUGUCAAAACUUGUCAUUGUGUGCAGGAAUGAGCCACCUUCUCUCCAUUCGCCCUAUUUUCUAUUAGUUUUUUCCCUAAUUUUGCGUAAUGUUCACGAACUAAAAAAAUCCAAUCAGUAAAUAGCGCUUCUUGAAAUCCAAUUUUACUAAACUUACUUUGAC